AUGGAGGCGAAAAAGAGGAAGAGCAGCGAUGAUGAAGGAGAAGGUGCAAUCAGCUACUUUCCAGAUGAUCUACUUUGUCACAUCUUGUCUUUCCUUCCGACAAGAGCUGCAGCUUCGACAUCUCUUCUGUCCAAAAGAUGGCGACGUUUGUUCACACUGAUACCUACUAGUCUUGAUCUUGAUGACUCUGUAUUCUUACCUCGUGACAGACCAAAAGAAUGCCGUCGGACUAGUUUCAUGGACUUUGUGAACAGACUUCUUGCUCUCCAAUCCGAUUCUCACAUUCCCACUACCAAAUUCUCUCUCAGAUGCCAUAAAGGCGUGGACGAAAAUCUUGUUGAGGAUUGGAUACACAAAGCUCUGAUACGCGGAGCAACAGACCUCUCCUUAGUGUUGCUCUUCCCUUCUUGCGGAUACACGUUGCCUUCCUGUAUCUUCUUCUAUAGCCAAAACUUGGUUAAGCUUAAACUAGGUGCUGGGAUACUUGGUCUCGUAGACAGUUUUAAAACUCAUCGACCAGACUUUAUCUUUACAAAGCUUAAAACUCUGCACCUUGAUUCUAUUGACUUGGGUCCUUUUGAUCCUGGGUUUGCUCUGCUUCUAUCUAAAUGCCCUGUGCUGGAGGAGUUGAUCAUAAAUAAUGCAAACUGGUACCAAUGGGACCCUACAUCAGUGUCCACCCCAAGCCUCAAGAGACUAACCUUUGAUUGUGCCCAUAACCUCUCUAAGUUGAAGGAAGGGAAAUUAGCACAGGCUUAUGAGUAUCCACCGGCAGAUAUUAGUCUAACCUUCUACUAUGGUACUUGGGCUCCAUCCACUGUUUCAUUUGACACUCCAAACUUGCUCUACCUAGACUACUCAGAUUUUGUUGCCAAUAACUACAAACUUGUUAAACUGGAUUCCCUUGUUGAAGCCAGACUCGAUCUUGGAUUGAAUGGAACUCACGUGUAUGCAAGAGAUCAUCUUGGAUAUCAAAUUGAGAGAGAUGCCACCAAUCUUAUCAUGGGGAUACACAAUGUUCAAACUCUUCACAUAUCCUCCGAUACCCUUGAGGUAAUUUCAGACUUUUGUAAGACCGUACCGGUAUUCCACAAACUGAAUCAUUUAUCUAUUGAGACUGACGAUGAACGAGGAUGGCAAGCCUUACCUCUCUUGCUCAUCAACUGCCCCAGUCUACAAUCUCUCGUCUUCCAUGGUCUACACCACAGUCUAACGGAUGGAUGUGGGAAUGCUUGUAACUGCAUCCCCCCCUCUUCGUCUUCGUCUUCGUCAUGUCUAACAACAUGUCCUGUGAAGGUCCUGAAGAUAUUGGACUUUGGGGCAACCUGCGGAGAGAUGUCAUUAGUUGAACAUUUCCUCAAGAAGUUGCCUCGGCUUGAACAAGUGGUCAUUGUAUUACACUCUGAUUCCUCCCAAGGAGAGGAUGCUGAUAUUUUUGAAGUCUCCGAGGCACUUGAGAUGGCCCCGAGAGCGUCACCCUAUUGCAAGUUGGAAGUAGUUCAUUAUUAG